AUGUCGAAUUCUCCUGCAAGCUCUUCAACCUCCUCCCUCCCCAGUGGCCACGGCGAUAUCGAAAGCCAGAAAUCUGCAACCGCGUCGAAGAAAGUUCCUCACUGGCGCCUGGUCGCCAGCCAGUCGCUCGUCACCGAGGAGGUUCUGAAACACCCAUACAAGGGCUCCGGCACAGAUGAAGACCCAUAUGUCGUCGAGUUCAUCCCCUUCGACCCUCGAAACCCGAUGGAGUGGCCUCAAUGGAAGAAAUGGGCCAUCACCAUGGAUGUCGCCAUCGCUACCCUCGCCGUUGCCUUUGUCUCGGCCGCAUAUUCGGGCAGUGCACCCCAGAUCAUUGAGGAGUUCGGCUGCAGUCAAGAGGUGGCAACCCUGGGGAUCUCUCUCUUCGUUCUCGGCUUUUGUAUUGGGCCCCUCCUUUGGGCGCCGAUGAGCGAGCUCUACGGCCGUCAAAUUCUCUUUUUCGGUACAUAUGCUCUUGUGACGGCAUUUAACGGCGGUGCGACGGGAGCCAACUCGAUCGGAACCCUCUUAGUCAUGCGAUUCUUCGCGGGAACGUUCGGUGCCUCACCUUUGACCAAUGCCGGAGGAGUCAUUGCCGAUAUGUUUCCUUCCAGUCAGCGAGGUCUGGCCAUGAGCAUCUUUGCGGCCGCUCCUUUCCUCGGUCCUGUGAUCGGUCCUAUCGUCGGCGGUUUUGUGAGCGAAACCGUGGGAUGGCGCUGGGUCGAAGGUGUGAUGUGUAUCUUCACCGGUACCCUAUGGAUUUUCGGCACUCUCACAGUCCCUGAGACCUAUACUCCCGUUCUCCUCGCUCGACGUGCCAAGGAACUGACCAAACGAACGGGUAAAGUAUACAUGUCUGGGAUCGAACGCCGACAAGGCAAAGUCACCCCCGCCGCCGCUUUCGAAAAGGCCCUGGCACGCCCUUGGGCGUUGCUGUUCCUCGAACCCAUUGUUCUCCUCAUUUCCAUCUACAUGGCCAUCUUAUACGGGACUCUUUAUAUGCUUUUCGGCGCCUUCCCAAUCGUGUUCGAAGAAAAGCGAGGUUGGUCCCAAGGCAUUGGUGGAUUAGCUUUCUGUGGCGUGGCCGUCGGAAUGAUUGCUGGAGUCGCCUACAAUAUCGUCGACAACAAACGAUAUGAGCGCGUGGAGCGGAAACAUAAUGGUGAAGCCCCUCCAGAAGCACGUCUUCCUCCUGGGGCUGUGGGUUCGGUCGCCAUUCCUAUCGGUAUGUUCUGGUUUGCCUGGACAAACUAUCCGUCCAUCCACUGGAUCGUAUGUAUCAUUGCCACCGUGCCCUUCGGGUUUGGCAUGAUGCUUGUCUUCCUGGCAUGCAUGAAUUACCUCAUCGACGCCUACACGAUCUAUGCCGCCAGCGUCCUUGCCGCCAAUUCAGUACUGCGAUCUCUCUUUGGCGCCAUCUUCCCUCUCUUCACCACGUACAUGUACCAUAACCUUGGCAUUCACUGGGCUAGCUCGAUCCCAGCUUUCCUUGCCCUUGCAUGUACACCGUUCCUUUUCAUCUUCUACCGACAUGGCGAAAGUAUUCGAAUGAAGUGCAGGUACGCUGCACAGGCCCACGUGGUCAUGUCCGAGAUCAGAGCGCAGAACAGACGAAUCCAAGAGGAAGAGAAAGAGGAGAAGUCAGAGACUCAGGCAUAG